UGGGAGAAGCCGAGUCCCAUUCAGGAAGCUUCUAUUGCAAUAGCUCUCUCAGGGCAAGACGUUUUAGCUCGAGCUAAGAAUGGAACGGGUAAAACAGGGGCGUAUUGUAUCCCUUGUAUUGAGAAAAUUGAUCCUUCGAGGGAAUAUAUACAAGCUAUGGUUGUUGUUCCAACUCGUGAAUUGGCCUUGCAAACUUCACAAAUCUGUGUGAUGGUUACAACUGGUGGUACUGAUCUUCGUGAUGACAUUUUGCGCUUGAAUGGAGUUGUUCACUUAGUUGUUGCCACUCCGGGAAGAAUUCUUGAUUUGAUGGAGAAGGGUGUUGCGAAUGUUACUCGUUGUAAGACUAUUGUUCUUGAUGAGGCUGAUAAACUUCUGUCACAAGAUUUCCAAGGUGUUCUUGAUCGUCUUGUGCAUUUUAUGCCUGCUGACCGUCAAAUUAUGCUUUAUUCUGCAACUUUUCCGCGAACUGUUGAAUCUUUUAUGGAAAAGCAUAUGCAGAGGCCUUAUGAGAUUAAUUUAAUGGAGGAAUUGACUUUGCUUGGAAUCACUCAAUUUUAUGCUUAUGUUCAAGAGAAGCAAAAAGUUCAUUGUUUGAAUACUCUUUUUCGAAAGCUUCAAAUUAAUCAAUCAAUCAUUUUCUGCAAUUCGACUCAACGUGUAGAAUUACUUGCAAAGAAGAUAACUGAACUUGGUUAUUCUUGCUAUUAUAUUCACUCUAAGAUGGCACAACAACAUCGAAACAGAGUUUUUCAUGAGUUUCGUCAAGGGCAUUGCAGAAAUUUGGUUUGUUCGGAUCUGUUAACGCGUGGAAUUGACAUCCAAGCAGUCAAUGUUGUGAUUAAUUUUGAUUUUCCUCGCAACUCUGAGACUUAUCUUCACAGAAUUGGACGUUCUGGCCGAUUUGGACAUCUUGGAAUCGCAAUCAACCUCAUUACUUAUGAGGAUCGUUACAAUCUCAAGCGCAUUGAGAAGGAAUUGAGGACUCACAUUGAACCUAUCCCCAAAGAAGUUGACCCUAAACUUUAUGUGGCAGAGCAUCAGAUGGAAUGA